UUAUACUAAAAAUUAUACGCAAAACACGUCACCUACCACGAUGCUCAAAACCUUAGCCUCGUCCACCCGUUUCCUCACCACCACCACCACCACUACCGCCACCACCACCACCUCAUCUGUCGGCCUCUGCUGCUCCUCACUCCGGAAACCCUUCCUUAAUCCUCUCUCCAAGUCCAGACACAGACCCCUUAGACCUCUCUCAAAACCAUUCACGACCACCAUGAACCUCUUGAACAAGCUCGGCUUCGGCUCCCCUAGGGCCGCACAAUCCGCAGGGGACGCCUCAAUUGCGCAGGGCCCAGACGACGACGUUCCGGCCCCGGGCCAGCAGUUCGCGCAGUUCGGGGCUGGUUGCUUCUGGGGGGUCGAGCUGGCAUUCCAGAGAGUCCCUGGCGUGACGAAGACCGAGGUCGGGUACACCCAGGGGUUCCUGCACAAUCCCAGCUACGAGGACGUGUGCUCUGGCACCUCCAACCACUCCGAGGUCGUCAGGGUCCAGUUCGACCCCAAGGAGUGCAGCUUCGACGCUCUGCUCGACGUGUUCUGGGCAAGGCAUGACCCAACCACGCUCAAUCGGCAGGGUAAUGAUGUGGGAACGCAGUACAGAUCUGGUAUAUACUUCUACACACCUGAGCAAGAGAAGGCAGCAAGGGAGUCUCUGGAGCAUCAGCAGAAUCUGUUGAACAGGAAGAUCGUAACCGAGAUUCUGCCUGCUAAGAAGUUCUACCGAGCAGAGGAAUACCAUCAGCAGUACCUCGAGAAAGGGGGCCGUUUUGGAUUUAAACAAUCUUCCGGCAAAGGCUGCAAUGAUCCGAUCCGAUGCUAUGGUUAAGUUGGUCUUAACUGGCGAGACCGGCCAAAAUGAGUAUAAAUCCUUGUUCUGAGUCUUGAGAAUGUGACUGUCUGUGGGUUUGUGCAUUUGUCUAUUUUUCAUCUGCCUGAGCUCAUACGAUACUGUGCUGUAAUAAGAAUGCUUCACAGUACUGAACAUGGAUCUGUAAUAAUUGGCAGUGUUCUCUAACCAUCAUCAACAACAUAUGUAUCUACAAUGGUGGUGUGUUUGAUCUCUUGUUCCAAGGUUCAGUCUGGUAGUUAGACUAGUUGGUUUUUAUGAAUAGUAUUGUUUUCUGUCCCAA